AUGGAUUUGGGAUCACACUCUACCGCAAAGCUAGAACCCUUUCUGCUGAUGUCGAAAUCAGCAAAGGGCGCUGCUGCUGCUAAAUUGAUUCAGGACGUCACAUCCGCUCAUGGCGUGUUUGUCUUCGCGGAGUUGCUCGACCUUCCCAACAUUCGAGAGCUGGCUAGCAGCGAGCAACACUCUCCGUCUUAUUCAUUGCUGCAAUUGUUCUCCUACAAGACAUACCCGGACUACCUCCAGCAUAAGGAUUCUCUGCCUGCUCUCAAUCAGGCACAGAUCACCAAGCUGAAGCACCUGACUCUGGUAUCUCUAGCCAUGGAAAGCCGCAUACUUCCAUACUCCCAAUUACUCGAAGUUCUUCAAAUGCCCACCAUCCGUGAGCUGGAGGACCUCAUCAUUGACGCAAUUUACCUUGAGAUCAUCCGCGGCAAGCUCGACCAGAAGGAACAACAGUUCGAAGUUGAGUAUACCAUGGGGAGAGAUCUGGAGCCAGGAAAGAUCGAGAGGUUGUUGACGUCUCUGCAAAAUUGGGCAUCCACGACGUCGGCCGUCCUGGCCACUCUCGACGAGAAGCUUGUCUCGAUGGCGGCAGAUGUCGCAGAGAAAAAGAGGACGAACGAAUUCUACGAGCAGUCGUACCAAACGAACCUGAAAGAAAUCCUGGAUAAGCAGAAGGAGAUAAAGGCGGGAUUGAGAGCCGCAGCCUAUCCUGGACGCACGGGCCUGACAGCCGCUGGUAUUGCUGAGCGGGACCGGGAAAGGGAAAGAGAGCGGCGAGAACGAGAACGCGAAAAGGAACAGGAUCGCGAGAACAAUAGCAUGGAUGUGGAUGAGCCUACCGAGUCUAAAGGCAAGAAUCGAAAAGCACCGCAACAGGACUCUGCACAGAGAACACAGCGAAAGCGGAACCGUGUCUAG